UGACAAGGCACAUAUCAGCGGUUGACCUGGUGGAGUACACUAACACAGGCCAACAUGAUUCUUCCUUGCCUUCUUGCUUCCUUCCUUGUCACCAUUGCUGCUGCCGAACCACAGAAAUGUUGUGUGGACAAACAGUUUGAAGCCAUUCUGGGAGAGUUUGGAGGCGUCUUUCUCCCCGGACAAAACACCCAAUAUCUAGAUGGGUACAACCUAAUGUCCUACGACUAUUACGCAAAGAUGAUGAGGCUGGAGGCACACAUGAAUCAGCCCGACGGGACAGUGCAAGUAACAAAUGUCAUAAUUGACUACAAAGCGGGUAAAGAGUACGUGAAAUCAGAAACCGGGUGUACAGUUCUGGACACCACGGAACAAAUGAGAGAGCCAUGCGUACCUGCCAUUUCCCGUUUCCUGGGCAACACCUCAUUUGGCUACGGCGACAUGGCGCUGAAGGUGAACACGUGGCAGUACCAGAAACCUGGCACCGACAACGUCGUCAACCUCGUCGUCACGGCCGACGGCUGCGUCCCUAUGGUUGAGGCGUCAUACGGCACAAUGAACAACGCCAAGACCGACGUUGUCUACUUCAUCACGUCGUUCCAGCCUGGCAUCAAGGACCGCAGUGUGUUCACCCUCCCGCGAAACUGUCGGACAGGGGGCAGUGCGGUCGGCGUGGUGGGAAGGGCGGUUCGAGCAUUAAAGGACCUGUUUGGAUCCUAACUGACAUCAACUGAUGUACCAACUCAAUAAACUGACGAUCUGAUUCCAA